CAUCCUUUCUGCAGAAUCGGGCUGCUUCGACCACACAGACACAGCCAGCGCAGACACUUCGGUAACCUUAUUGAGGUACUUAUGUUUGGUUUUGGACUGUACUUUUAAUUUUUACCUUUGCACUGAUUGCUCAACCUCUGACUUGAGCGAACGAGGAUGAUGGCCAACAACACCACUGCCGACACUAUGACCUCGUCCUGUGAUGAACCUGAAUGGUGGAUCCAAUCUCACAACAUCAUAACCUUCCUGUACAUCCUCAUCUGCAUCCUGGGUCUCUCGGGCAACAGUGUGGUCAUCUUCAUCGUCUGGCGUGCCCGCUCUAAGUGGCGUGCUCUGGACCUGUACAUUGUCAGCUUGGCUGUGGCCGAUUUCAUCUUUUUGGUAAACUUGCCGCUGUGGGCCACAUAUGAAGCGUUGGCAGAUCAUUGGGUCUUUGGUAGUGCCCUGUGCAAGCUCAGCAACUACCUGUGGCUCGUCAACAUGUACGCCAGCAUCUUCUUCCUUGCCAGCUUGAGCUUGCACCGUUACCUGGCCAUCGUACACUCCAGGGCCAGUUUGCAGCUGUGCACCCGCCAUACAAAGACCUUACUGGUCUUCGUCUGGCUACUGGCUGGCCUGCUGUCGAUCCCCGAGCUGGUGUUCAACAACACCUUCCAGGAGGACAACAGGACCAAGUGCGACAUGGAUUUUAGCAUAGUCGCAGAAGAAAAAUCUAAAUUGCAGUGGGAAGCCGGCCUGGACAUCAUGAACUUCGUGGUGGGGUUUGCCGUGCCACUGCUGGCCCUGAUUGUCUGCUACGGCUGCAUCGCCUACACACUGGCGCGCCACUUCUAUGGCGAGCCCAGGGAGGUCCGGCGCAUGCGACGCCUUCUGAAGAUCAUCUGCCUGCUGGUGCUGGUCUUCUCCAUCUGCUGGACGCCCUAUCAUGUGGACACACUGCUGAUCUCCAUUUCCCGCCUCAGCCACGUGGACACGUCAGCCUGCAGCUUUCACAGCAUGGCCUAUCCGUACAUUGAGUGCCUGGCUUAUGCCAACAACUGCAUGAACCCCUUCCUAUAUGCCUUUUGUGACCCGAACUUCCGCACGCAGUGCCUCCUUCUGCUCCACCUGAGGAAGGCUCCAGUGUCCGGGUCCAGCAGCCAUGGGGGCACUAAAGAUGGAGAGAGGAGGCAACAAGUAGGUGUGCCAAUCUCAGGGUCCACUAGCAAUGGUGAGGAAAAGGGGGUAGAAGUAGGUGUGCAGUCUCCAGAUCUAGACAUAAAUUGAUGAUGUCAAGUACGGUGUUACUGGAUACUGCCAUAAUGUUGCGCUUCCUGACUCAUUUAUUUUUUAGGACAUUUAUUAGGACAAAUAU